UUUUGGUUUCCCGAAGCCCAGUUCGCCGCUCUUAAUGGCGUCAUCAGGACUAAAGUUGGAUUUGCUGGGGGCAAGACCUUAAAUCCAACUUAUUACAAUUUGGGCGAUCAUACCGAGACCAUCCAAAUUGAAUAUGAUCCUAAUGUUAUCUCAUACGAAGAAUUACUGACAAAGUUUUGGACAUCCCACAAUCCCACCAGCAAGAGAAGCAAUCAGUAUAUGUCCGCAAUAUUUUAUCAUGAUGCUAAGCAAGAAGCAGCAGCAAAGCGAUCAAUGGCUGACCGCCAAAAACACGUCUACCGCAAAAUUGUCACCGUAAUACAACCUGCUGGCAAAUUUUUCCUUGCAGAGAACUACCAUCAAAAAUAUCUCUUCAGACAAAAUCGUGACCUUUCAAAGCUGCUUAAAUUAUCUGAUCAAGACAUAAUUUCCUCGCCACUUGUUGCUAAAUUAAAU